AUGGAUGGAUCCGGGAAAUAUGGCGAUGCCCUGCAAUGCGCAUCAGUAGACGGCCACAAGGGGAUAGUGAGGCUCCUGCUCGAGCACGGUUCCAGCCCAAACGCACGAGGCGGUCAUUAUGGGAGUGCACUUCAAGCGGCGGCGGCUCACGGCGACGAAGAGAUCGUGAAAUUUUUGCUUGAGAAGGGAGCAGAGGUGAACUCCCAGGGCGGCCAUCACGGUAAUGCGCUUCAGGCA